AGACCAACUAGGCUGAUUCUCGGGCUGAUUCUGGGCUAAAAUCCUACUUAACCGAAGUCCACAAACUGUCCACCGGGCGGCGAUAUCUCACCGUCGACUCCUACAACGGCGGCCAUGGCUACUCGACAAUCGAUUCCCUUCAUCGUCCUCCUGCUCCUCCUCCACCACGCAGAAUGUAUCCGCUUGGGUCAGUGGGGAACACUCAUCUCUCUCUCCCACUCUCUCAUGAACCGCGUGGCCAACGCCCGCGCCACCCGAGGUGAUCAAGCCGCCGCCGACCGUGCACGCAAGAUCGCUGACAAGAUCCACAGCCUUGGCGGCGUAAGAGGGAUUUGGUCCGCCGGUUUGGACUUUGCUUGGAACUACGCGUUUCGCUGGGGUAUUCCAUCCGCCGAAACUUACCGAUCCGCAUCCGAGAUCGUCGCGCUGUUGGCAGAGUUUUACAGAUUGGAAUCGGCGGAAGAGAGGGCCGGAUGGAUGCUUAGGAAAUACUCGCAUCUGUUUGAUCGAUCGAAGUCGCUCUUUCAAGCCCUACUUCGUUCCUUCUCACGAUCGGGGGUUUUGAGGGAAGUGGUAUUGGUGAUGCAGAAGGAGGUUGUGGACGGUGAGCUUCUCAGAGAUUGUUUGGAAGUGGGCGCGGCUGAUUUGGAGGGGUUGGUACGGGUUGCUAGGGAUAUGUUCUUUUCUUCUUCUUGGAGCCACAGUGAGCUAUAAUUGCGUUUUCCUUCAUUGGAUUUCAGGAGAUCAUUGAAGUGGAACAGAUAUAUCCAGCCCAAAAUAAAGACCUUCCAGAUCUUCAACAACAGGUUUGUAGAGUGGUGGAACUAUCGAUGAUGGCCAGAUAACCUGUCUUCCUUGUCAACUCCAUUCUCUCCAGCAGAAGAAAUAUCUCUCUUCUUCCAUGUCGUCCUCUGGAAAAGAUUGUGCAGCACUUAGUUUCUUCUGAAACCUACCUCUGAGCUAAGUUUUUAUUUUUAUCUUCUUGCAACUAUCAAUAUAGACAGGAGUUUAUUUGUUGCAUGCCUCAAGAUCAGAUACUUUGAAUGCUGGAGAUAUGCUGCUAACUUUAUAAAA